AUGCAGCUGACACCGUGGAAUUUUUAUCAAACUAAGCACCCAGAAUCCCACAUAAUUUUUUCAUCCAUUCUCCCAAGAAGUGAUGAAUUAGACAAGAGGGGACUGACCUUAAACAAUAGUUUAGAGAAAUCAUUAUCUACAAAGAAAAACAUCACCUUUGACAGACACCCCAACAUCAACUCCCAAUACCAGCUGAAAGACAAGAAACAUCUCAAUGAUGUUGGAGUCAAGCGUUUCGCUCAGAGCCCGAAGCGUGCAUAUUAUAAGAAUCCAUACAAACCAAGAAAGAAUUUUCCGAAGUCUCAGAUCCCAUAUAACCGACCCUUCUUCACCUUUAAUCCUCACCACCAGUCUACUCCUUUUCGUCCUCCUCACUCUCCACCAGCAAGUUUUCCUCAGCAAAGUUCCAACCAAAAAAUUCCUAACAACCAUUAUCAAUAUCCCUCGACUUACCAUCAACAAACAAUCCCAAAACUGACAUCACUCCUUGGGAACCAAGAAGCAAGACUUGGAAAUUAUACAAGUAAACAAGAAAUACCAAUGCAACUGAUACAACUAAUCAAGGACUUACAUAGGUAUGUUACAUAAGAAUGAUAUUUAAUGGUUGUAAGACAAUUAUGCAACAUUUGAGUAUAAUGAACUUAAUUAUCUUCUAUAUACUUCCCCUUCUCUUCUAAUUAUUACUUUGAAAUUUUGAUAACCUAAUAUUUAGUAUAUUAGAAAAUGCCUGGUUAUUCUAUAGAUAACUUGCUUAUUAGUUUUUUUUUAUAAAUAUUUACAAACUUAUCAUUCACUACGUGGAACAUCCAUGGUAUUUCAAAUGUUGUCCUUGGUGAGAAAACUAAAAACAAGGACUUCAUUGACCAUAUUAAUAAUAUAGAUUUCAUUUUCCUCACUGAAACUUGGUGUAACUCAAAUAUAGAUGUUCCUGGUUUCAGGUCUUUUGUCUCUGAUACUGCAAAACCUCAUACCAACCGGGCAUGUCGCAAAUCGGGUGGUAUCACUCUACUAACCAGAACCAAAUUUGAAAAAUUUACUUCAAUUGUUAAAAAGUCAAAACAUUUUCUAUGGGGCAAAAUAUCAAAAGAUGUGUUAAAUGCCAAAAAUGAUCUAUUUGUAUGUGGUGUGUAUAUUCCAUCAGAAAAAAAUCUGUUUAUUUUAAAAAUGAAAUUUUUGAUGAAUUAGAAAAUGAUAUUAUACAAUUUUCAUCAAAAGGAAACAUAAUAUCCUUGGUGAUUUUAAUGCUAGAAUCAAUACACUCGAAGACUUUAUUUCUAAAGAUGGCAACAAUUUUAUAAAUGGCACUAGUGAAAAUUGCUUGCAACCAAAAAACAGACUAAAUUUCGACCACCAAAUUAAUAACCAUGAUAAACAGUUAAUUAAUCUAUGUAAAAACUGUGACAUGAAAAUUUUAAAUGGACGCACAAAAGGUGAUUCCUUUGGACGAGCUACUUUCCAUGGUAACAAUGGUAUAAGUGUCGUUGAUUACACCAUAUGUGAUCAGGAAUUAUUUAGAUAUACUAAUUAUUUUGUUGUAAAACCACCAACAUACCUAUCUGACCAUAGUCAAAUUGUUACACGGGUUGGUAUCGGUACCAUGAUACCUGGAUGUAUGAUACCUGGAUGUAACAAUGAAAUGACUAAAUUACCAAACCAAUACAUUUGGGAUAACCACUCUAAAAAUAACUUUAGAGAAUCAUUAAGAUCGCAAGAAAUGCAAAAGAAAUUGAAUGAAUUUAUGAACUCAGAAUUCACAAAUGAUUUGAAUGGAGCAAACCAAUUUAUAACUGAAUUCCAAAACAUCUUACUCGAAACAUCGAAAAAAAGUUUGAAAAUUAAAAAGUGCAAACGAAGAAGAAAAAUCACUAACGUUGCUCAAAAGAAAUGGUUGGAUAAAGACUGUAGAAUCAAACGACAUAAUUUAAGGAAAUUAUCUAAUUUAAAGCAUAGAGAUCCUACAAAAGUUGAACUUAGAAAAAACUACAAUGAUGCCUUGAAAUCAUAUAAGGUAACCCUACAGCUGAAACAAAGUGAAUUUCACAACAAAAAGAUUAAUGAACUAGAAACAGCUAGUCAAAAUGAUUUUAACCUUUUCUGGAAAACACUAAAGCACUUGACAGACGACCUUAAUACUGAAAUUAAUUCUGAAAACUCACCAAAAAAUCAUGAAUGGUACCCACAUUUUCAACAACUACAUUGUGAUCACCAUCUUGGUGAAGAACAAGAAAAAAUUAUCGGAAAAUUGAAACAAAAGGAAAAUUCGAAAAAUCUCCUCAAUGAGCUUGAUACGGAAAUAACAAUUGAAGAAAUAAUAAAAACAGCUAAGAAAAUAAAUCUAAAAAAGCUGCACACUCAGAUAAAAUCAACAAUGAAAUGA